CCUCCUCUUUCCCUCAGUCCUGGCUGAGGAGGAGACAUAAGGAGACAGUGGGCCAUGAAGGGUGUUAGCCUGCUAGCCCUGGUGGCUAUACUGCCCUUGUUGUGCCAGGCCCAAGAGACAGAGGAACAACGCUCUUGCCAUGGAGCAUUUGAUCUGUACUUCGUCCUGGACAAGUCAGGCAGCGUCAAAAACCAUUGGAUUGAAAUCUACUCGUUUGUGGAAAGCCUAGCAGAAAAAUUCAUAAGUCCCUUGCUGAGAAUGUCAUUCAUCGUUUUCUCGUCUCGUGCAACCACCAUCAUGAAGUUGACAGAGGACAGAGAUGCGAUUAGACGAGGCCUUCACAUCUUACGUUCAGAGGUUCCAGGAGGAGACACUUUUAUGCAUGAAGGGCUUAAAAGGGCAACUGAACAGAUCUAUCAUGAAAAUAGUGGUGCCCGUGCAGCUAGUGUUAUCAUUGCUCUAACUGAUGGCGAAUUGCAACAAGCUCAGUUCUCCUAUGCAGAACAAGAAGCUGAGAGAGCUCGAAGUUUGGGUGCGAUCGUUUACUGUGUAGGCGUUAAAGAUUUUAAUGAAACACAGCUCUCGACAAUUGCUGACAGUAUUGACCAUGUGUUUCCAGUCAUGGGUGGAUUUCAGGCAUUACAAGGAGUUAUAGAUUCGAUUCUGAAGAAAUCCUGCAUUGAGAUCCUAGCUGCCGAACCUUCCAGUGUGUGUGCAGGAGAGUCAUUUCAAGUGGUGGUGAGAGGAAACGGAUUCUAUCAUGCCCGGAAUAUUGAUCAAGUACUUUGCAGCUUUAAGGUCAAUGACAGCAUCACGAUAACUGAGAAGCCAACGGACAUACAGGAUACAUAUCUGCUGUGUCCGGCUCCUGUCAUUGAAGAAGUUGGACAAGUGGUGUACCUGCAGGUCAGCAUGAAUAUGGGUCUCACCUUCAUCUCCAGCUCCGUGGGCAUCACCAGCACACACUGUCACACCGGUAUCAUCCUAUUCAUUGCUCUUCUGGUUCUAUUCCUGCUUCUCCUUCUGGCUCUACUAUGGUGGUUUUGGCCACUGUGCUGCACCGUGGUCAUCAAGGAGCCUCCUCCCCCACCCCCUCCAGAGCCUGAAUCCGAUGAUGAAGACGGGCUGCCCAAGAAAAAGUGGCCAACAGUGGAUGCAUCUUAUUAUGGAGGAAGAGGUGUUGGUGGCAUUAAAAGAAUGGAGGUGAGAUGGGGGGAUAAGGGCUCGACUGAGGAGGGUGCAAAGCUAGAAAAGCCUAAAAAUGCUGUUAUAAAGCUACCAGAGCAAGAAUACGAACCUUGGGAGCCCAAACCAAAGAAGAGCUCAACCAGAAGAAGUCCACAAGAGAGGAAAUGGUACAGCCCAAUCAAGGGCAAACUUGAUGCACUUUGGGCACUGCUACGAAGAGGGUAUGACCAAGUGUCGCUGAUGAGACCCCAGGCAGGAGAUAAAGGGCGUUGCAUUAAUUUUACAAGGGUUAAAGCAGAGAAUACUCAAAACAUCUACAAGCCUCCUGUUAGAAGCACUCCACCAAGCACCAUGCCAAAGCAGCCUCCACAGCGGCAGCCUCCACCAGGUCCUCCACCUGCAAGAUUGCCCCCUGGGCCACCACCCUCUCGUCCUCCACCACAGCCAAUAAACUGAGUCUGCGCAAGAGUUUUUCUUUAUGCUGGACCGACAUGGACCCUUUUUACGGUAGCUGUUUGGCCGUAGAUUAAAAAGCAGCUCUGGGCUGACAAAUGAGCACAGAACACAAUGACUGGAAGCUCAUAGACUGGCAUUAGCCUCUCCAGAGCAAUGCACAAUGUAGUUUUUAAAGUAUUCAUUCUAAUUGAAAAGUCUAAACUGUACACCAUACAUUAUGUAAUACAGAGCUAAGCUUAGAAUAACAGAGUCCGUCACAUAGUGUACUGAUUAGUGGAUGAAUAUUUUUUCAUACUUGGCAUAUGUUUCAAAUCACUCCCUGGCUGUAAGCAUCUAAGUGGCCAAAAGUCUUAGUAAUACCCUGUAUAAAUCGUUUUUUCCCCCUAAAUGAUCCUUGGAAACAUCCAGCAUUUAUUGAUAAUUGCAAGGUUUACCAAGGUUAAAGAACCAAAUUUUAAAAAAGAAAACAAAACAACUUUUAUGAGAUUUAAGUGUAAUGCAUUUUGAUAAUUCCAGAAAACAGCAUGCGUGUUUUCAUUCACAUACAGACUGUCCCUAGAGUGUGGAUUAUUUGGGAAUUUUAAGUGAAUUUCACAUGUUAGGCCAAAUUAACUGAACUAAAAACAAACAUCUGGAUUCCAGAGAAAAAAAUUAAAAUGAACAGUUAUCAAAUUGAAAUCGGUGUGGACAGAAUGUAGUCCUUGUUCACUUGAUGAUUCUUUCCAGGGGCGAAGCUGAUUGACUUGGUGGUCAGAUGACACUCUAAGCCAAUCAGUAGUUCUCCAUUCAUAAAAAAAAGGUACAUGCCUAUUUUUAAACAGGUAUGUGGUUGUUAUGGGUGGAGACCAGAGGGACAUUAAUUGGGAGGUCUUAUCUGCUCUCCAUGACUCUCAAUUCCUCUGCAUUGAGUGUCUCACGAGGAAUCGAGAGUCAGGAGAAAAAUCAGUUUUUUUCAAUAUGACUAGGUAUAGAUGGAAUUUGAUGCUAUUUAUUAAGAGCAAAAGUACUGUUGGGCAUGACAGGUUAACUUUUAAGCCAAAGUAGCUGAAUUUGAAGCAUAGUUGACUUGGAGAAAUUUUCCAGUUUGGCUACUUUGGUAUUAAAUUUAGAACACCCUUUGAAUUCCCAACAAUUUUCCCUUUAGUAAAGUGUUUUCAGGAAAUGACUCUACAUUGAAGACUAACAAAAUCUAGGAUACAUCCCAUCGAGCAGGAAGAAUAUAUCAGAUUCCUGUGCUGUUAUAUUUUACUCACUAAAACAGGAAAAGUGGAGAUAUGAUCAUAAAUUGCUAAAGUACUGGAACUGGAAAACACUUAAUUGGAAAAGGAUUCUAGUGCAACCAUUGAGGCCCAGUUUGUGAUUUGUUUCCAAAUGAUAUAACCAGUUUGGUGAUUACACAUAUGUCAAAUUAUUUGUAAAAUCUGAUAGGAUCUGUAGAAGUUUUAAUUCACACAUCAUGCUGUUGUGCAUUUAUUUAGAUAUACAGCAGAUUUCUAAUGCCAUCAGAGCUGUGAAUGUUAUGAUUUGCACUUUAUAAAAAUCCCCAAAUGUUUCAGGAUAGCACUUUAUCAAUUAUCCAAAUGUUAACCAAAAAUGCCAGGAUAUCGGAUAUUAAUGUUUAUCUAGCCCAGAGUUUCUGCUAUCUUUACCCGCACAGCCACCUUUAAAGUGGAUCAUUCAUAAAAUUAAUAUCUACAUUAAUGAACAGAGUAUAAAACUGGAUGUAUGACAUAUUCAAUUUUUGGGGGUCAGUGUUUAAAAAAUAAAAGGCCAGUUACAAAAAGUGAAUUAUUUAAAUACAUUAAAAAUGAGCAGCCAGUCAAGAAGAAGAUGUCUAGCGUAGGGAUCGGUGAAAAUUCUAAUUUCAUCCAUACAAGAACCUUUUGUCCCAUCUCAGUGAAGUUUAUUAACCCAUAUCUUUCAAAGCUGUGGUGCUUCGACUGUUAACAAAGGUUUAUCAGUUGGGUGAAACCUUUGACACACUGUAUUUACACCUACCCCUACUCAUCCCUGUAUUUGGAAACAAUUUUGCAUUGGUACAAAACACAGAUUGCAAAUGUGUUACUAAAAUGUUAAAACUGUCUUAAAAAAAGAACCAAGCAAAAAAACAAACAAACAAUAGAAUAUGUAAACAUUUUAUGCUCUAUUGACUAAUGUAUUUUUUUUUAUUUUUUUUAUAACAAGUCUCUUAAUUGUUUUGUUCUGCCAUAAUUUUCUGCACACGUUAUUUCAUUGUUUUUGCAGAACAAUGCACGAUGCUAUGGCAGGGAAGGGGUUUAAAAAACCCAGUCUAUUUAUUCUAUCUCUCGUUAAUUUUUUUAUAGAUAAAACAAAUGGAGUUUGUUGCCGGACAGCAAAAUCUGCUCCAUUUGUGCUCAGGUUGCAGCCUGACCUCAGUGCAUUUUACACUUACCAUUUCCACUGUCACCCAAUAUACUGUUUUAUAGUAUAGAAUUUGUUUCUCUCUUAUCUGCUCAUAAAACCGUCAGUCUCGAAUAGUUUCACAAGUUCAUUUACCUUGUGUUGGGUGCUUAGGGUUUAGCAGUGGGUCUAUGUCAUUGCUCUGUAUAGGAGGGAUCUCUGUUUGCAGAGUGAUGCGCAUGCAGGUAGGGAAAGAUUGAUUAUCACUUAUAUGAUAAAAUGCAUGUGGAACAGCUGAGGUUCUGUACAGAGUAUAGCAAGAAGCAUGUCGUACUACUGCUGGGCAGUUAGAAUAAUUUAUCAAAUUUGCUGAAGCUCUCAUCACCUAUUUACACUGAGGUGAUUAUAUGUCAUCUUUAACUGGGGAUGCUUAUUAAAUACAGCUUGCAGAGAAGCAAUUAUUUGAAUUUAUCCUUCUAAUAAAUAUUUUUAGUGUGUGUUCCUAGUUUAAGAGGAUAUCUAAUCAUCGAUGCCCUAGGACAAUUGGGCAGGCAACCUUUGGCACUAAUGAUGUGUACUACAUCUCUCCUGAUGCUGUGCCUCAAUUAUGGCUAUAAGAGCAUUAUGGGAGAAGUAGUCCACAACAUCUGGAGUGCUGAAAGGUUGUCUAACCCUGCCCUAGGAUGUACAGUAAAAUAUUUAGUUGACAAAUUCUUAUUUAAAGGGAACUGUCACGAUUGAAGACACGAUUUGCAUUAAGUAAUACAGCAUGUGCUCAUUUGUGUAACACCGAUUGAUGUCAAUAAUGUACACUUUACGUGUCUUGUUACUCUAAAAACAGAGCUGUAAUUCAAUAGAGCGAGUACGGAGGAGUUUCAGAUUAAGGUAAAAGAUACAGAUGUAUUUACACCAAAUGAAAAUGCUAAUUGAACCGAUGCAAAGUUGUCCACACCAUGACAGUGUCCCUUUAAUAAAAUAUGAAGCCUGUAGAUUUUGUUUGUAGUUGAACCCACUCAGUUUGUUUAUAUAGAAUGUGUUUGAAUGAAUAAAUCUCUCCAUUAAAAGGAACAUUCCAGACACAGAAAGCACUUUAACAUGCUGAAGUGUUUUAUGUGUGAAAAGUGUGCCCACGUUUUAAAUUUUACAAAAAGUGCAGAUUUUUUUAUAAGAAUUGGCAAUUUUAUAAAUUAACCUUGUCACACCCCCCUGGCUGUCAAUCAGACAAUGUAUCGAGUUACUUCCUGUAUGUUUAGUUCAGUUGAGCUAAACUCAAGAGGCAGGCAAUUGCCCAGAGCACUUGUCCUGCAAAUACAUCUCUGUGAGCUGCAUUGGGAAAUCUGGUAUUUGACAGCCACAGGAAGUCUGCAGAUAAAGGGGGGGCUUGCAAAGAUUGCAGAAAAAAGAUCUGCAGUUUUUACAAGUUGUUUUUUAGAUAUACCCCUAAUGAAGAAAAGCAUAAUUAAAUGUAUGUAUUCAUUAGGGCAUAUCUGCUAAAUAGUAAUUUUAUAUUUGGGGAGCAGAGUGUCCCUUUAACUUAGAAAAGAUGAGAGAAUAAACAACAAUUAUAGAAAAGGUGGAACUAUAUUAAACAUGGUAAAUUGAAAGUUAACAGUAAUAGAUUGAGAAUAAGGUAUCUAAAUAAGUAGACUGGAAAUAGAAUUGUCUCUCUUAUACAGCACAUAUCAAUAAGAGCAUUUUUAUAUUAUUUUAAUUUUUUUUUGCUUGUAGAGAUGCUUUUUUUUUUCUCCUGAAAUUUUUUUUUUUUUUAAUUACUAAUCAGGAAUCUUCUCGGAAUUUUUUUAAAGUAUGCUUUUUUUCAUACAUCUUUAUAACAGCAAGCAUCAAAUGAGGUUAAACAGCAAUUCAGUAGAUACGGUAUGUUAAGUCCUGAUUUAUAAUUAGGCUGGAAAGCAGCCCCUCAAUAGCGUAAAUAUUUUACGUUAAGUUUUUUUCUGAUAUUUAGAAAUUAAGGGAUUUUGUAUCCAGUUGAUACAUUACAAUGUCUGUAUAGAUAUUUUUUUUCAUUAAUGUAAAAUAAUUACCAAAGCCCAAUGUUUUAUCUGUUUACAUUAGUAAUGUCUAACAUUGUAAUUGCUAUUAUUUGGUAUAUGGAAGCUUAACCCUUUAAAUAUGUCACUUUUUUUGUGCCAAAUCCCCCCACACGUAUUUGUUUAAUUAUACAUAAGGUAAAGUUGGGACUACUUUUCCUUGUGUAUAGCCGGCAGGUUGACAAGUUUUCAAAGCUUCAGUCAAACUUUGUCAUUUUUUUGUUUAUACUUACCUCUAUCCAGUGGUGCAACACUGAUUCUCAGUGUUAAUUCCUGCGCAAUCUCGAGAGUUAAAUAAGGUCUGUGAAAGCCGUUGGUGUGCAGGGCUUGUGCGAGAUUUCACGUACAUGCCCAAAGAAGGACAGACAAACUUUAAAAUGAAGGCACCGAGAAAGAAAACUCAUUUAGACAGGAACAACUAUAAUAACGGGAACCUGCACCGGUUCCAGAGCCAGAAAAGGAGAGGGGGCUAGAGGAAGGGAUCCCAUGUGACAGUGACAAAGCCUCUUUAUUCUAUACAGAUAAUGAUAUAUGCAGUCUGACAACUUUCCUCCAAAAAAGGAAAACUAAAUCAUUGGCCUAGUUGUAUAACAACUCAAGCUAAUAUAGAAUAGACUUCACAAAAUUAUACUCUGGUCAAGUGGAGCACUUGGGGCAGCGCAUCACCAGGUUUUAUUGUGCGGAGAAAAAUAUUUGCAGUAGUUUAGAAACACAAAGAUUAUUUUUCUGGAGGGGAGGGUUGUAAGUAAAAAGAUAUGAGUAAAUAUAGUGUCUAUUUAAUUAUGUUAUAGGUUUCAGUUCUGAAGGGUCCCUCCACUUGUUUUCCCUCUAUGGCCCAGAGUGUGUGCAUACAGUCUAGGGCGGUGAGAACGGUCCAUUCAAAUACUUUUCUAUGAAAUGCAUUUGAUAGGACCACAGAGAGGGAAGGAGUGACGCCAGACAAGCAUGGAGACCAAUACCCAGUGCUGGUAUUCUCCAGCUAAGUUUAUUGUUUAUUUUACAGAUUUAUGUUAAAAUAAGGGUAAAGGGGUGGGGACCAAGAAAUUAGAUUAUCAUAAAUGGGUGGGUGGGGCACAUAUAGGCAAAAAGGGUUUGAGUAACCCUUUAAUAUAGUAAAUUCUGCUUGAGUAUGCUAUUUGUGAUGCCUCCUGUGGCCAAAUGUGGAAUUCCUAGUUAUAAAACUAAAAAAAUUUAAAUUAGAAUAGCCCAGGGAAUGAUUACCCCACUGCUUGCCCUUUCCUGGAUAAUACUUUUAUAAGCAUUACUAGUUCAUGGGUAAGCCCGUAACUUGAGGUUCGGCAGAAAAUGUGUUGCACACCACUUUGGUCAUGAAGAGUUAAAUAAGCGUGGCGUCCAUAUGUAUAAGAGAUUUGCAUCAAAAGACAGAAGUCUGUAAGUCUCCCACCUUUGAUGCAGAUACUGCCAGACAGACUAUGAAAUCAACUGACAUGUUAAUAUUCAGCUUGAUGCAAAAUCCCCUGAGGGUAUCUUAUUGUCUUUGUAAUGCUCUUUUUCUAUAUAAGGUUUAUUUUUUACAAAUGUUUAACCCCUUUCAGGGACAGAGAGUUGAUCAACGCAUUGUUGAUGUGCUCAGAUAUCUGGCCUUUAAAGGGCUACGGCCACCUACCAGACUGCUCACAAAUCUUCUUAUCUUCUCCUGAAUGUGGCAUUACAGGACUGUUUAAGAAACUGACUGUAAAAUAUGUUUCUUUUUACACCAAAGUGUUCUCAGUAUUACAAGCUCCCUAUUCUUUUGAAUUGAAUAGUGUAAAGAUCAUGCUAACAUUUAUCUUUCACAUGACAAUAAUUGUGUUGAUACAGGGCCGGAAGAGUGAUCUUUCAGUAGUACAGAAUGUAUAUAUUGCAUUAUAACAAUGAAUGUUCCGCACACCUGCGGUAUGUAUUUGUCAUUUGCGGCGAUGCAUUAAAAUGAAUAUUAGUUGUUCUAUAAAGGGAUUCCUGCCUAAAUGACAGGUUACUGCGAUUCUGACAUACCAUUUCUUUCAUAAUUGGUGCUGUUAGCAUAACCCCUUGUGUCAGUCUAUGGUCCAGUAAACACAAAGGUACAGAAUAAAGCAGGAUGGUUGUGGCUUUUUAUUAUGUAGAACUAGGUUUCCAGUAAGUCAAUGUUUAUUUCAUAUUCUGCAAAAAAAAAAAAAAAUCCAGGUACAUGUGUAUACAAGCUUUAUGAAGUCACUGUGUAAUCCUUUCCUAUCUAUCAGUCAAUAAAAGGUGUCAAUAAAACA